UACUUCGGGAAAAUCCAAUUCAAUAUCAUAAUAUUGACAGAUAUAUCGGAUUCUACAAUAUAAAAGGAAAGUUAAUCUGCUUCAAAGUAAGUUGUUGCAUUUCUUCUCAGCAAACAUGAAGUAUUCUUUUGUGCUGUUCUUUUUCUUCUGUGUCUUCUCUGCCAGAGCUCUGAAGAUCGAUUUCAACCAUAGAGAUCCACGUCAUAAGCAGUGCGUAGGACAUAACUUUGGUCAAGGCCAAAUCAAUCUUCUAAACAGAGGAGACCUAGUUGAUCCAAAUUGCCCAGAAUAUUCCAGGCAUCUGAUGUGCAUUUGGAAGCAGAUGGGUGUUAUGAACGAGGAUGGUAUACUAGAUAAGGGAGUUAUAACUGAGAAAAUUGACGACUUCUCCAACAGCAACCAAGACGAUAUUAAGACAGCUCAGAAUUGUAUUGUCCAGAAAAAGACCCCACAGAAAACAGCCAACGAUUUUUACAAUUGCAUACAUCAUCUUGUGAAAAAAUACAACUCUUAAAUAAAUUGAUUAAGUCUUUA